GUAUACUUUACUAUUUUAUUUUUUUAAUGACCUCUCCCAUGAGCAAAAAGCGAGCUCAUUCGCCGCAGGAAACUUUGGAUAUGGCACCGGAAAUCUUAAAUUCACUAGACACUGCGUCGCCAGAGUUGCAUACAGCCAAGAAGCGCACUGUGGCAUCCCCUUUGCAAAAAGCCAGGCUCCUAGAUCGGCUCCCCUGUGCGACAAUGUACGAGAGGUCAUAUAUGCAUCGUGAUUCGGUUGAUAGCAUUGUAGUUACCAGGGCGGGAUUUGUCAUCACCAUGUCUGCCGAUGGACAUGUCAAGUUUUGGAAAAAGUGCGGCAAGGGUAUCGAAUUUAUCAAGGACUUUAGGGCGCACCUGUGCGCCAUAGUUGCCUACUCGUUAUCUUUGGAUGGGCAGAUGUUUGCCACAGUCUCUUUGGACAAGCAAAUCAAAGUUUUUGACGUGGUGAACUUUGACAUGAUCAGCAUCAUUUCUAUCGACUGCGUUCCUGGGGCAUUGUGCUGGAUAAAGGACCCGCUGGACCAGUCGACUUGUGUGGCAGUUUCUGACUCUGAGCGGCCAUCUAUUUAUGUAUUUGAUCUUCAUGCAAGCUCCACUUCGAAGCGAACCAUCAACACAGUUCAUCGCCAGCCAGUAUCCCUGAUGGCCUACAACCCAGUCUACGAGUGCAUGGUGUCGAUUGACAAAGGAGGCAUGAUUGAGUACUGGACAAUUGACGAAACGCAAAAGCUGCCCUCGUCUGUGGAUUUUGAUUUAAAGUCGCAAACUGAUUUGUACGAGUUUAAGAAGAGCAAGGAUAUUCCAACCAGCCUGACGUUCUCCCCAGACUUUGAGAUGUUUGUCUGCACCAGCUCCGCCAACUCAACUAUCUGCGUGUUCAAGUGCUCCUCGGGAAAACUGCACCGCAAAUACGACGAAUCAGUGGGGUCUUGCAAUGCAGUUCAGCACAGUGACGAGAGCGACAAAUUCAAACUCGACGACAUGGAGUUUGGACGGCGGCUUGCCAUGGAAAACGAGUUGCUAAGAGCACCGGCUGGGACCAAAGCCAAUGCUGUAUUUGACGACAGCACAGGGAACCUGCUGUAUUCAUGUCUGCUAGGCAUCAAGGUUGUUAAUCUUGCAACCAACAAGGUUGUUCGCAUUUUGGGGAAGCCAGAGUCGCACCGGUUUGUUCAAAUUGCACUUGUUCAGAGCACGCCCGAAUCCAACAACACCCGGCUAGACCUUGUAGCGUCAGCCAACCCUGCCGCAAAGAACAUCGAUAUAGACCCUACGGUUUUCUGUACGGCAUUCAAGCGGAACCGGUUUUACAUGUUUACACGUGAAGAGCCAGAUCACUCUGAACAGGGCGCCGACCGUGACGUUUUUAACGAAAAACCAACACGCGAGGAGGCAUCUCUAGCGAUUGCUCCGAACAAAAAACAAGUUGCUAGAUCUGCAAUCCUGCGUACGACUCUCGGCGAUAUACAUCUGGCAUUAUUCCCCGAGUUUGCGCCAAAGGCCGUCGAAAACUUUUCAGUUCACUCCCAGAAGGGAUACUAUGACGGGGUUAUAUUCCACCGAAUUAUCAAGCGGUUCAUGAUUCAAACUGGCGAUCCACUUAGCGACGGAACCGGCGGCGAGUCGAUCUGGGGUAAGUCGUUUGAAGAUGAAUUUACGCCAAAACUUCGUCAUGAUCGGCCUUAUACACUGAGUAUGGCCAACGCUGGGCCUGGUACUAAUGGAUCGCAGUUUUUCAUUACCACUGUGGAUUCUGCGCCUUGGCUUGAUGACAAGCACACGAUAUUUGGCCGUGUGACUACCGGCUCUGAUGUUAUCCACUCGAUCGAGUCUGCCAAAACCGACAAGAAUGACAAGCCCUUCGAUGAUAUUAGCAUUCUCAAUAUCCAAAUCAAAUUCGAUGGGCGCUGACCUUUUUUAUUAAUGUUUAGUUUUUGUUUUUACAAUAUACACAUAUUGAAAUAAUUAUUAAUUGAA